AUGAUCCAUCCAGAGUCCCACCGGCAUCACUCCUCCAAGGAGGCGGCAGACAUGGCCGCGUACUGCGACAUGUACCAGCAACACCAACAAGCUCCGGCCCAGAAUCUCCAAGUGUGCGAGUAUGCUUCCCCGCCCGGGCCGUAUCUUUGGGGCAUGAACGCCCCGACGUCGGCCUACCCGCACGCCGCCCCUGCCGGGCCAUCGGCAGCCUUCGGCCCGCCUUCUUACAGUUCAGCGUUCGGGGGGCCGGAGCUGGGCUGGCUGUCGGCGGCGGGCCAGGAGGAGCUGCUGAAGCUGGUUCGACCACCGUACUCUUACUCGGCGUUGAUCGCCAUGGCCAUCCAGAAUGCGCGGGACAAGAAGCUGACGCUGAGUCAGAUCUACCAGUAUGUGGCCGACAACUUCCCCUUCUACAAGAAGAGCAAGGCCGGCUGGCAGAAUUCCAUCCGACACAACCUGUCGCUGAACGACUGCUUCAAGAAGGUGCCACGCGAUGAGGACGACCCCGGCAAAGGAAACUACUGGACGUUGGACCCCAACUGCGAGAAGAUGUUUGACAACGGCAACUUCCGUCGCAAAAGGAAGCGACGGUCUGACCCGACCAAGACGGAGGAGGGUGCACCGCCCCCUGGCCCCGUUCCCGCCCGGAGCCCGCCCUCUCCCUCGGAGAACGUUAAGACGGCGUCGUGUUACAGCAACUUUUACAGCGGCAUGUCCUCCCUGGGGGGCGGAGCCAGACAGACAGGGCACCUGGGGCUAUUGGAUGAGGUGUCCGGCAGGAACAUCGGCGCCUUGCAGGGACCCUACCGUCAGCAGGAGCCGUCCCAGCACGCUAACGAGGGUCUGUCCUUCAACCGCGGCCUCUACUACAAUGCCCUGGCAGGGGGACAGGGCGGACAUUUUAACGGGCACUUGUACAACGGAUUCAGCGUCAACAGCCUCAUUUACCCCCGAGACGGGGCCGCCGAGCUCUAGUGGACCGACCCCUCGUUAACUCAUUCAUUUGCUUGAUCGUUGACAUUGAUGGAGAUAGAUGUCCAAUUCAUAUGGGCUGGUAGGGAUGGCAGUGAAUGAACAUUUGUUGAAACUUAGUAAAGUAAAGCGCGAAAACAAACAAAAAACAAAAACAACAAAUGCAGAAACCUAAAAAAAAAUUUGCUCUCCAGUAGACGUUCAAUCCGUUUGUUGUAGGAGGGUUAGCAUCGAAUGAACCAACAAUCUUUCGCUGUCAGCCUUCUGCUUCACCGGACUAGAGGUCUAUUGAUAAACUCACUAAAAAAUUACCAGCAGGAGCAUUGUUGGACCUUUCAUUGCACCAUGUUCGUAGGGGCGACGUUCAAAUCAUAGUCAAUGCAUUGACAUUCAAAUGAAAUCAUAACUAGCUUAAUUCACAACCAAUUUUUAAAAGAUUUUAUCUGAUAUUUAUUCAGUGACUGCCAUUGAUGGCGCCGGACCUCUACUAAGCAUAAAAGCAUUUUAAUUCACAACAGAAUCAGUGAAUAAGUUAUUUAAAAAAAGAAAUAAAUAAAAAUAAAAAUAAAUGAACAUCACCAACAAGCACUUAUUUCCUUUUGCUGAUGAAAUCACAUUCAACACAUUUGUUUUCACUUGAGAUGCACCGAAAAAUCGCUGGCUGUAUAUUUUUCACCGAAAUGUGACUAAAUUUAUAGUUUCAUUCCAAAAUUCUUUUCACCAAAAAUUUAUUACUGAAUAGUUGACACAAGCAAUUAGCUUGCAAGCACGUACUUCUCGUAAGGCCAUUUCAAACUAGUGGCAACCUAGUUGAAGGUGAAGGGUUCUGCAGCAACCCAUUCAUUGUUUAUGUGGGAAGGGACUUCUCGGCGAAAGUGAGCGGCUGUUUUGGGCGGAACGGCAGGUUUGAACGAAUUUGUGCCAAGAAUCGAGGCCCAAAAUAGUUAUUGAUUUUGCAGCCCAACCUGAGUGUAGCAGAUUAGCAGUGAACUCUCUCUCUCUUGCGCUAAUAUAGUAGCUAAAAUAUACUAUACUAUACUAUACUAUACUAUACUAUACUAUACUAUACUAUACUAUACUAUACUAUACUAUACUAUACUAUACUAUACUAUACUAUACUAUACUAUACUAUACUAUACUAUAUACUUUAUACUCCCUAUGGGCUCACCACCUGUGGGAGGGCCCAAGGAGGUUGGGUGCAUAGGCAGUUGGGUGGCAGCCAAAGGAUGGGUCGUUGGCGGUUCGAUCCCCAGCUGCUGAAGCUGGUUCUUGGGACGUGGAAUGUCACCUCUCUAUCCGGGAAGGAGCUCGAGCUAUCGCUAGUGCAACUCGAUGUAGUCGGGCUCACCUCCACACAUAGCUUGAGCUCUGGUAACCAUCCUCUUGAGGGGAGGUUGUACAUUAUUCCACUCUGGAGUUGCCCACAGUGAGA